AUGUCUCAAAGGAAGAUGCUGCAAUUCUCCACGGGAGCUCUGCUUCUUCUUCUACCCUGGUUUGGUGGCCUGGUCCUUGGAGAGGUCAGCAGUGACUUUUCACAGUGCCUCGAUUUCUUUUAUAACAAAACUCCACCGCAGGGCAUCACCGACGUGGGAUACCAACCGAUAUGCCAGCGCUACAGAAACCAGUACCGCUUUGCCAGCCUGUACCACCGUCAGCAUCGUGAACCGCUGUACUCUGCGUACAUACUCAGCCCUGCAGAUGGCAAACGGCCCAAUGUCUCUUGGAUGUAUGAACCACAGUUGGCAUUUUCCCGUGCCAGCCCAGAGAUGAAACCUUUCCAUACCCCCCUGGACCAGAAUGUGAUUGAGAGCCAGGCGAUGCUUCGGGACUACAGGAACUCCAACUUCACCAAAGGGCAUCUCAAUCCCAGCAUGCACCAGAAGACAAUAGAAGACCGUGAGGCCACCUUCACCCUGACUAAUAUUGUCCCUCAGCGGGCAGGCUCCAAUUCUGGCCCCUGGAACCGUCUGGAGAAUGAGAUGUUGAGAAAAUUCAAUGCCUUCUGUGAAGGGCCGAUGUAUGUGAUCACCGGGGCCAUGUCUUAUGAAUCUGGAGAUCACUGGAUUAAUAACAGGGUGUCUAUUCCUGAGUACAUGUGGUCUGCCUACUGCUGCCCAUCCUACAAACCUAACCUUCCUGAGUCUGCGCGGCCAUUUUUCCCCACAUAUGCUGCAGUGGGAAGAAAUGACCCCAACAGCGGAGAGGAGAUUGUGCCAGUUGAUGUCAAGGCGAGGGCCUCAGUGCGAGGCUAUGAUGUGAGGCGGAUGACUUUGGAGACUCUGGAGGGCAUCCUGAGACAAAGGCUGGCCAUGCCCGUCAGUCUGUUUCGUGGGCAGUGUCAGUAACAAAGGGGCAAUGCUUUAGUUCCUUGUUAAAAUUAAAUUCAGUAGUCACCAAAUACAGCACAUCUCCUCAGUGUCUCGUCAGAAUCAAGAAGUUAAGAAGAUUCAAUUCCCUCCCUUCCUGUCUCUUUAAUUACUGAAUGAGAUGAGAGUUUGAUUAACCAGGAGACGAUGAUUAUUUCAUCAUGUUUGAAAUGAAUUUUUCAGAUGAUUAGGAUUUUGUAAAAAUUCAGAUAUAUUUCUCUCUUGUCACUGUCAUCUUGUAAAAUGUUCAAUAACUAACUCCAUGAUUAUACUAAUAAAACAAAACUGGGG